GUUAGUCGGUAGAGGCUGCCCCGGGUGAAGAAGAGGCCGCUCAGUGCCCGUAGCAUCCAGAACCUUCCACAGAGGUGCCUGGUGGAACCUGACUCCAGGAACGCCAUACCUGGGUGAACUUCUGAGCUGGGGAAAGACUGAGAGGCUUAUGUGGAGCUGCUGGUUGAAGUCUCAGUGCCUAGCCAAGAUACCCAGGAGGAGGGAAAAGGAGAAAGGCGAAGAGCACCAGAGGUGAAAUCUGCUGUAGCCAUGAGAUCAAUCCGAUCGUUUGCUAACGAUGACCGGCACGUGAUGAUGAAACAUUCAACGAUUUAUCCGUCUCCAGAAGAACUCGAAGCCGUCCAGAACAUGGUUUCCACCGUCGAAUGCGCCCUUAAGCAGGUCUCCGAUUGGAUGGACGAGACAAGCAAGUCUUCCCAGAUGGAGGGCAGCUCGGAGGAGAAAGAAGAGACGGCUGAUGGCCGGAGUAGCAAGGAGCAAGGUGGCCGGAUCUUGUGUGGCGUGAUGAGGAUUGGUUUGGUGGCCAAAGGCUUGUUGAUAAAGGACGACAUGGACCUGGAACUGGUACUGAUGUGCAAAGAAAAACCCACAGAGUCCCUCUUAUCCCUCGUCAAAGACAAUCUACCUGUCCAAAUCCAGAAACUCACCGAAGAGAAGUACCACAUAGAACACCAUCCCAGCGAAGCGGCCAUCGUCAUCCGUAGCACAACGGGGCUCCCCCUCACCCUCAAGGUGACACUCACCUCUCCGCUAACCCGGGAUGAAGCCGAGAAGAAGGACGGAGACAGUGCCCUGGUGAAAGAACCUUCGGAUUUACUCAGCAGGCAAAAAUGCCUCGAAGCUUUGGCGUCUCUGCGACACGCCAAAUGGUUCCAGGCCAGAGCGAACGGGCUAAAAUCGUGCGUGAUUGUUCUACGGAUCCUCAGAGAUUUAUGCAACAGAGUUCCUACCUGGGCGCCUUUGAAAGGUUGGCCCUUGGAACUGCUGUGCGAGAAAGCCAUUGGCACCUGCAACAGGCCGUUGGGUGCAGGGGAAGCUCUCCGGCGAGUGUUGGAGUGUUUGGCCUCGGGCAUCCUGUUGCCAGGUGGGCCCGGCGUGCAUGACCCCUGUGAACGAGAGCCAACAGAUGCCUUGUCUAGCGUGACUGUUCCACAAAGGGAAGCCAUAACCCAUAGUGCCCAGCAUGCCCUGAGACUGUCGGCUUUUGGCCAAAUCUACAAGGUGCUGGAGAUGGAUCCUCUCCCUUCCAAUAAGUCGUUCCAGAAAUAUUCGUGGUCAGGGGCCGACAAAGAAGGCGCAGGUUCCUCUGCCCUAAAGAGGCCUUUUGAAGAUGGGUUGGGGGACGAGAAAGACCCCAGUAAGAAAAUGAAGAGGAAUUUGAGGAAAAUCCUUGAUAGCAAAGCAAUAGACCUCAUGAAUGCCUUGAUGCGGCUGAAUCAGAUCCGGCCUGGCCUGCAGUACAAGCUGCUCUCUCAGUCGGGGCCUGUCCACGCGCCGGUCUUCACCAUGUCGGUCGAUGUGGACGGGACGACCUACGAAGCCUCAGGACCUUCCAAGAAGACGGCCAAGCUUCACGUGGCCGUGAAGGUGAGCCCAACCAGGUUCUCUGCUAGACCUUGGGCGUCUUUGUCGUAAGGGUUCGGGGAAGAGAGCAGUCCUUCUCACCAAACGUUGCCCGGGAUGAAACCGGUGGCCCCGGUAGUCCCUGGCCCCUCCAGCCCAUGCUGCUUUUCCUAGGUCCGAACUCAGGGUCCCAUCCUCACAGCCAGCGGCAAGAAUCCGGUGAUGGAGCUCAACGAGAAGCGGCGAGGCCUGAAAUACGAGCUCAUCUCCGAGACAGGAGGAAGCCAUGACAAGCGGUUUGUGAUGGAGGUAGAAGUCGACGGGCAGAGGUUCCGAGGGGCUGGCCCCAACAAGAAAGUAGCCAAGGCCAGUGCUGCCUUGGCGGCUCUCGAGAAGCUCUUUUCAGGCCCCAACGCGGCUGCCAAUAAGAAGAAAAAGAUCCUCCCACAGACCAAAGGAGGGAUCGUAAACACAGCCAUGUCUGCAGCGGCGCGAGGGAGAGGACGAGGGUCUCCCAUGCGGGGGGCGUUUGUCGGGGCAGCGGCAGCAGCCACCAGUUACCUGGCACCAGGGUACGCAGCACCGUACGGAUACAACGCGGCAGCUGCCGCUGCACCGGCUUACGGUCUGCCCAAGAGAAUGCUCCUGUUGCCAGUUAUGAAAUUCCCAACUUUUCCAAUGCCCCAUUAUUCGUUCUUUUAGCCUUCGGCUGAGAUCAACCCUCUCUUGACUGGCUUCCAUAAACCCAAGGACAGGAUGUUAGAAGGAACAUGAGAAAGAGACACUCAGCUAGCCUACCUAUCUACCUUUCAAUCCUGGUUUUCUUGGAAAAACACGACAGACUUGAGCAAAAACCAUUUGUAAAGAUCCAUCUUUUUCCACUUUUAUGUUUUUGUUUUUAAUUUUUAUUUUCACA